CAUUAUUUGAGUUCGCUSCCCGAUGUUGAUUACAAGUACGUACUUUUUGCUGAAUUAAAUGCUUCGAAGUAAAUGGUAACACAGAAUUUGAUCCCGUACAGUAUUUGUGGUGAAUUAWCGUUGGUUGAAGAUACUCAUUAUGAAUGAUUCUUUUUUUUAUUUCCGUGAAUUGUUUUUAUUUUUAUCACUCAUGAUAUACGUAAUGCGAAACAAAUGAGACAUCCACGGGUCUCUCUUUAUCGAGAAUUCUUGACGAGUCUUGACAGAAGAAUAAAAACCUACUGCAACAAGGUUAGAACGAUCAUGCUCAACAACAUGAGCAGCAACACCAAAUCAAACAACCCAUGCGUCAACCACCUACAAUCAGUAGCUCUUCUCCCGCGGACACCGGCGAGAACAAUCGAUCGUGRAUUGAAUUCGUUCUGGUACCGAUCGGAGUCAUUGCCCUUUUCAUCUUGAGGCAUUGGCUGGAUACGCGGCUGCGCCGCUUGCCUAACGAUCCCGMUAUGAGGGCAGGGCAAGAGCCACCCAGUCCCCCAGAUGCGGGAACCAACACCAGUAAUCACGAUUUACAGCUGCUGAACCAUCUUAACAAGCUCUCUCYYGSCGAUUGGGAGCUAGUGUUCUCGAAGCUGUUUGAUARCAACCGAAAUCAGCRUCGGCUAAAACCRAGUCAACGUCGGUACGAGAACAGGAACRCCAAGAAUCUCGGGGCAAUCGAKGUACCCCUCUCCUCURUCGAUAUUGAAUCCCAAGAAGUCAUUAAACAAGAYGAUUGUGGAGAUGAGAGCGRCGUUGUACAAAGCAGCCGUGCGACUGGCAUACAGUGCGAUCUUAAUAUAUUGAACGAAAAGACCGAUCUUGAAUCCGAUCUCCAUCUCAGAGACGAAGAUCCUCACACCGUCUUGGCACCAGGCUCCGCGGAGCCGCCAUCGAUUGUUGACGAGAGCAAUAUUGAUAGUAGCGACCAUACCACCGCUUCUUGCAUCAUUUGCUUCGAGGAUUUAAAAGUAGGCGAAACCUUCGUUUGGUCCGAAUCAAAUCCCAAUAGGAACCACACGAGCGGCGACAUUGGCAACAAUGGCAACCGCGACGGCYACGGGUGCAGCCACGUAUUCCACAAAACCUGUAUGGUGCGCUACCUCGCCUCGAACGCCAGGCGCAGCGUCCGAAAGUUGCACAGCGCAUUCCGAUCCAGCAGCGGCCGCGGUGGCAACCUCACCRCAGACAACCCCGACCUGCUUGUGGGCCUCGACAAUCCGUGCCCAAUCUGCCGGCGACGGUUCUGCACCCUUUCCCAAGAGGACGCAACCGACGUCCUCCCAAUGGAGCCGCCCCAUCGGCUCUCCUCUCCUUCCCCGUGCAUUGCUUCUCCCACCGUUCAAGAUCCGUCUUCGACGAUUUURGUAGAGUAGCUAGUUGAAUAGCAAGAGACGAUUAACAACCCAACAUAACUAUCGGCCAYAGCUAGCUAUUAUCAUGCAAGAUCUUAAUCGAAAACCACGUUCUUUCAUUCAUUUAGUAUGAGGUUCAAGUACGUGAAAGAAAACGGACGGCAAAUCCAUUCGUAUCUUCCAUACUURAGAACAGCGACAUUCUUGGAUUUAAUUGCAGAAAAGAAACACUGUAUAGAGUU